AUUCAGCCAGUCCACACCAAAGACCGGGAUGACGGACACCAAGGCGGCGGUGCCGCAUCUGCCGCUGCCGGUUGGGGCGUUCCAUGACGACGACCCGUUGGAGCAGCGCCAGACCGCCGGCGGCGGGGCGGCCGGCGGCGGUCUGGUCCUCAAGGCGCAGUGCGAGUUCCCGGCGCUCGGGAGGGGCGCGUCCAUGGACAAGUUCGCGGUGCUCGUGGACGCCAAGGCGCCGGCCGACGUGGCGCGCGCGCCGCUCGAUCUCGUGCUCGUGCUCGACGUCAGCGGGAGCAUGCAGGGCCAGAAGCUGGCGCUGCUCAAGCAGGCCGUCUGCUUCGUCGUCGACCAACUCGGCCCCGCCGACCGCCUCUCCGUCGUCGUCUUCUCGAUCGGCGCGCGGCGCCUGUCCCGCCUAGUGCGCAUGUCAGACACGGGGAAGGCCGCGGCGAAGCAGGCCGUGGAGGCCCUCGCCGUCGAGGGGGGCACCAACAUCGGCGCGGGCCUCCGCGUGGGCGCCGAGGUGCUCGUCGGCCGCCGCCACAGGAACGUCGUCGCCAGCAUGAUCCUCCUGUCCGACGGCCAAGACACGGUCCUCCUCCCGCAACCCAACGGCGCCGCCAAGAACUACAUGAGCCUCGUGCCGCCUUCGUUCGCGCACGCCGCCUCCCGGCCCGCGCCGAUCCACACGUUCGGCUUCGGCGCCGAUCACGACGCCGCCGUGAUGCACGCCAUCGCCGAGGCCACGGGAGGCACCUUCUCCUUCGUCCAGGCCCAGUCGGCGAUCCAGAACACGUUCGCGCGCUGCAUCGGGGGGCUCCUCUCCGUCGCCGUGCAGGGGGCGCGCAUCGACGUCACGUGCCUGCACCGGGGCGUGCGCGUCCAGGAGGUCAAGUCCGGCAGCUACGGCAACCACGUCGCCGCCGAUGGCUGUGCCGCCUCCAUCGACGUCGGCGAGCUCUAUGACGACGAGAGCCGGCGCUUCCUGGUGCUCGUGUACGUGCCGAGAGCGCGGCCGACGGAGGAGCGCACCCGCCUGGUCAAGGUGAGCUGCACCUACCGGUUCGCCGCGACGGGGCAGACGGCCCAUGUCGCCGCCCCCGCCGCGAUGAUCCAGAGGCCGCUGGAGCUGACGGACAUGCCUCCUCCAUCCAUCGAGGUCGAGCGGGAGCGCGUACGCCUCGCGGCGGCCGAUGGCAUCGCGGCGGCGCGGGCAGCCGCCGACGGCGGGGAGCACGCCGGGGCCGCGCGGAUCCUGAACGGCCGGCUGCGGGAAGUGGAGCGGUCGGCGCCGGGGGCGGCCGGCGACGACCCGACGUGCGAGGCGAUCAAGGAGGAGCUGCGCGACCUCAGCGAGCGCGUGGGCGACCGGCGGGAGUACCAGCAGUCGGGGCGCGCGUGCCUGCUCGCCGGCAUGAGCUCGCACGCGCAGCAGCGGGCCUCGGGGGUGGAGCUGCAGUCGUCGGCGGGCAAGACUCCGAGGGCGUACCUGACUCCCAAGAUGGAGGAGAUGGUGGACCUGUCGCGUGAGAGCAGCAGCAGCAGCAGGAAGCGUGGCAGCAGCGAGCGGCCAGAAGGAGGAUCGAGGCUGGAUAAACAGAUCAAGGAAGAUCUAAGCGAAAAUUAAUUUUCUGAGCUGAAUGCCAGCGAUUUACUUAUUAGCCACAAAACAAUAUAUAUGUGGGCUUUUAUGGCUACAAUCAGACUGCUGCAAUAUUAUGCCAUACUCCAUCGUUUUAUAUAUGAUAUGUUGGUGGUGUUUUA